AUGGCAUUCGCAGCAUCCAAAGAGAUCGUUGAUGGCAUCAAAUACGGUCUCAGCUACUCCGCGCAAGUCGAGUCCGAGUCGGGUGUGUUCAAAGCCGCAGUCCAGAAUCUCGAGGCAGCUGGUCUAGGUGAUGUGAUUUACACCCCGGCUCGCCAGCACAAUAUUUAUGGCUCUCGUAUCGACUCGUAUUGGUCUUUGACCCCACGUCUACGCCCAUGGGCCAUUGUACAGCCUCGAGACACGUCGGAAGUAUCCAAGGCCGUUAUUGCGCUGGUCAAGACUGAUGGCUGCAAUUUUGCCGUGCGCAGUGGCGGCCAUACAUCCAUUCCAGGCUCUAACAACAUAGCCGAUGGUAUCACAUUGGACCUUGGUCUGAUGAACAAGACCGAGUACGACCCCGAGACCAAACUUGCUUCAAUUCAGCCGGGUGGGAGAUGGACCGACGUGUAUGCCUACUUGGAAGAGCGAGGUGUGAUGGUGGCUGGAGGCCGCGAAGGCCUCGUUGGUGUUGGCGGCUUAUUGACUGGUGGGGGAAAGACGUACUACACCUGCCGCGUCGGAUUUGCUUGCGAUCAAGUCGUCAAUUACGAGAUUGUACUUGCCGAUGGAACAGUCACUGCUGCAAACGAGAACGUCAACCCAGAUCUGUUCCGGGUCCUCAAAGGCGGCUCCAACAACUUUGGCAUUGUGACGCGUUUUGACAUGAAGUCAUUCCCUGCACAUGAUGUCUACGACGGCAUUGUGACCUUUCCGAUGGAUGCAGAAGCUGCCGUCAUUGACGCUUUCAUCGACUUUACGAAACAGCUUCAUGUUGCAGAUGAUGCCCACAUUAUUGGUCUAUGGGCGUCGAUGCCUCGGCGAGAUAUCGCUCUGCUAAGCGGCAUUGUGCCUGACCCCACUCAGCCUCCGGACCUGACCAUGGUAUCAACAAUCAAUAUGGUCAUGACUCAGCUUGACGGCAUAGAGGACUCUUCAUCUUUGCAAAAGUUCAUGGAUAUACCGAACCGUAUAAAUAGCACGAUGAAGCAUACAACGAUUGCCAAGAAGGUAGCUGGGCUUCUGCUACCUUCCAAUAGAGAGGAUAUUUGGCUCACGCUUACCUAUAAGCUUGACAAGCGCAUCCUUGAAAAGACAUCAGAGAUCUAUCAAAAGUUGGUCGCGGAUAUCAGCGACCGUUCGCCUGGCUGCGUGAUUCAAAUGGCACUGCAACCAUUCCCUACAACGUUUGUUCGGCAUUCUGCUGCCCGUGGAGGCAAUAUGAUGGGACUGGAACAAGUCACUAGCGAUUCGGUCCUUCUCAUUACUGCUGUCGAAGGCAAUACGCCUGGCUUCUACGAUACAGCCUUUCCAAUUGCCAGUGCAGCGAUGCAAGAGCUCGAGAGCUUUACCAAGCAGGUCGAUGGGCAUGUCGGGUUCCGCUACCUCAAUUAUUGCGACGGAUCCCAAGAUCCCCUGGCGAGCGCUGGUGCAGAGAACAUUCGCAAGAUGAAGGCCGCGGCAGCAAGAUACGACCCCAAUGGUGUUUUCCAAUCUAGAGUGCCCGGUGGCUUCAAGAUCAGCAAAGUCCAAUAG